AUGUAUCGUACAGCACUAAGAAACGCCUCACGGCCUGCUGCCAGCACUUUGCGCACCGCCGCCAUCCGGACGGCCCCUCGGCGAUUUGCCUCAACUGCUCCUGCGGAUAGAUCUCGAUCAUGGAAGAGCUCUGCGCUUCGAUGGGGUUUGGCGGUUGCCGGUGUCUACUACUAUAACACAAGCUCCGUAUUUGCGGAUGAGGUCGAGGCUCACGCCCUGCCCAUUCCCGCGCCAUAUACCGAAAACGAGCUGCCCACCGUCGAUGCAUUGAUCGACCAGAAGAAGCGAAAGGAUGCUAGCCCCAAGGCUGCCGAGCCGGCUGUCGCCAAGACCGAGGCCGUCAAGACCGACGACAAGUCAGAAGCUCCCGCCCAGAGCGCUGUUGGCUUUGGCGGAUCUGCCGAUGCCCUAGAAGAGGAGGCCAGCCAGGAGGGAGCCUUCAACCCUGAAACUGGAGAGAUCAACUGGGACUGCCCCUGCCUGGGUGGCAUGGCGCAUGGUCCUUGCGGAGAGGAGUUCAAGACUGCCUUUAGCUGCUUCGUCUACUCUACCGAGGAGCCAAAGGGCAUGGACUGCAUUGACAAGUUCCAGGGCAUGCAAGAGUGUUUCCGACAGUACCCCGAAAUCUACGGCUCCGAGCUUGAAGACGAAGAG